GAUAUAGUAAUCUACUUGCUCAAAAUCAACCAAUAUGAUGGCCGACAAAGCAGUCUCUACUGAAGACCUUUGCGGGGACCAGCAAAAGAUCAGUGUCGCCGUUAGUCUCGUUCGCUUGGAGGCUAUUCUUCAAACUCUAAUAGAAAAUAAGGUAGAAGCGCUAAGAAACGAGAGCCGCAAGACUUCUAGUAUUCAUUCCAGUCAAAAGUCCAUUUUGAAGCGUUUAAGACUCACAUCGACUUCUAGCCAAAGCACUACCAAAGAAGAGAAUGAAAAGGAGAGGAGGGUGAAAACAGCACUAGUAAAUACAGAUUUUCCUGUAAAGCAUGAAAAUGUUGUGGAAGUGGAGAAAGUAGUCAGAAAGUCAGCUUUAAAGAAGGAGUCUUCCAUUUCUUCGGCUAGCACAAUUCAGCAGUGCGCAUGCAGAAUGCCCAGUUUCGAAGUAUCUUCGUUAAUUAGCGACGAGGAUAGAAACAGAGCAAUGCAGUACGACAAUAUUUAUAUGGAUGGCUGUCCAUCUCUUACCGAGAGACCACCAAGUUGUUAUUGUAAUCCUAAGUUGGAAGGCCAAACGAUCCACUACGACGAAGACUACAUCUCUCUAAAAAUCGACCCCGACAAGCCGAGUCCCAUCGAUGACCUUUUGGCCGAAGAAGCCUUGUACAGAGCCAGAAGAAAACGCCGAAAACGAAGAAAAAAAGAGCUGAAAAAGAGAAUGGCGAUGGCACAAAACACGUGUUUUGUCGAAGGAGGAGACUUAAACGAAACGUUCAAACAUCUUACAGUAGAGGAUUCAUCGAAGAGAGCUAAAUGGACAAUCGUAGGCACGGCCUUUCUGUUGCUCUUUAUGUGUCUCCUAUUGGUUGGUAUCACGUUGAGGAUGGCUCCUAUCAUUGAUGAAAUGGUUCGUAAGGAAAACGAAGAAUUCAUGAACUCUCUAACAAGGCACAAGAAUGUUUCAGCUUCAGCAGCAAACUCCGUCCAUUUAAAUCAUACGUAAUAUCGACAAGAAUUACUUAAUAAAAUCAAUCAAAAUACGGGUACCAUAACAUCUUUACUGCAGUACAUUGAUGAACGAUCUAAAAAUUGUUUAAUAGAGCGGUAAGUAGGAAAACAUUUAGCGUUUCAAAAUGAAUCAAGAAAAUUGGUUUGUAUAAAAUAGCAAAACUAAAUUAUUGUGCCUAAAGAUGUCCUAACAGGAUUUUAUAUAUAAAUUUGUUUUAGUUAAGAAUUCAAUCGUAAGUAAGGCAAUUAGUUUUUUCUCAAACCUUGAAGCAAAAUGUUUUGCCUGAUUGAAGCUCAAAACGAAUAAUUUAAUCUUUAGUAUUUUUAUAUAUAAUAUAAGUGCUAAAAUUACAAUGUUUGUUUAACUUAUAAAAAAUGUUACUGAUCUAGAGUUUGCUCUAUUAGCCCUUUCAGUACUAUUUAUUUUUUCAGCAAACGAAAAAAUAUUUUUUGUCUAAAAUGUACUUAAAACAGUUCAUAUAACACUUUUUUGUUAGUAGUA